ACAGAGUCACCAUUUGCCACCUUCUAAAACAUGUACUGUUAUUGAUAUUAGCACUGAAACUCUAACAUCUACUAUAAACUGCAAUACUGAAACACCUACUCUUAUCGCUUGUCCUGAUAAUCAACAAGUACCUGAAGAUUGUGAUAAAUGCCAAAAAACGAAAACCGUAACUUGUACUCCUACUAUGACUGUUUGUGCACCUAAUUCUGAAGAUAAUUGUUGCCAAGAUAAUGGAGCUGGAAGAAAUGAUUUAACAACGAACAGGAUUUAUGAAGGUUCUGGUGACAGUGAAUUUUAUAAUGUAACUGAUGCAGUAGAAUGUUGUAAAUUAUGUUAUAAAGAUCCUUUCUGCUUUGGCUUUUAUUUUAACGCUUAUUAUGACAAUUUCUGUCAAUUCUUGGGUAAUAGUGAAAACCCUUCUUGCAAUCUUUUCCCUGAACCAUCGACGCCUGAACGUGGUAUAUAUUACGGCAUGUUUUGGUAA